AUACAGACUGCCCAGACAGCUUCAUGAAGCUCUGCCAGUGGCAUGUUUCUUCGGACUUUGGGUAGCCGGAGGGUUCUAUCCCAGUGGCCGAAGAGUACAUUCAGACGGGGCUUGCUAACGAAAGCAUACGACCGAGGUCCCAGUGAGCCUCCGCUGCUCGAACAGACCGUACCUGAACAUUUCGCUUCGAUCGUAUCACAGUAUGGCGACCGGCCAGCGGUCUCGACACGACAUCAGCGAACGACGUUGACCUAUGAUGAGCUGGAUCAAAGAUCCAAUGCUCUGGCACGCGGUCUGCAGAGCAUUGGUGUAAAGAAGGGUGAUAGAGUGUCGGUUUCUCUGGGCAACAACAUUGAGUUCGCGACAGCAACUUAUGCCCUCUUCAAGCUCGGUGCCAUCUUGAACCCGCUGAAUCCGAGCUUCAAUGCGAGUCAAGUUGUCAGCGCCUUGAACCAUCUGCAGACCUCGCAUCUGAUCAUCGGGACGGAAACGCAUCUCAUACGAAAGGAUCCAAGGAACAAUAGUGAGAUCUUGGCACACAUAGCACCCGGAAUUGGCGGCAAGAAGCUAGAGUCAGAACUCUGUCCUUCUCUGCGCGAGAUCGUGCUUGUGGAUAACUCCCAAGGACGAGUUGACCCCAAGACUCUGUCGGCUACAGUACCCUUUGAAGCAGUGCAGGAUGGGUCAAGGCAAUCGAUUGGUGAUAAGGGGUUACAAAAGGAUGAAGUUGUCAACAUUCAAUUCACGAGCGGGACCACGUCGAUGCCGAAAGCUGCCUGCCUUUCGCAUUACUCGAUUUUGAAUAAUGGCGCUCAGAUUGGAGACCGCAUGCUUCUUACUCCAGAAGACGUAGUUGUCUGUCCUCCUCCGCUAUUUCACUGCUUCGGAAGUAUUCUUGGAUACAUGGCGACAGCAACUCAUGGAUCUUCAAUUGUCUUCCCGACAGAAGCAUUCGACCCUCUGGCAUCAUUAAAAGCUGUGCAAGAGUAUAAGGGCACGGCAUUGUAUGGCGUAGCAACGAUGUUCUUGGCCGAACUCGAGCUUAUCGCUGAUGGAACCGUGCCACGUGAAGGCCUCCAAUAUCUCAGAACAGGCAUCGCAGCUGGCAGCAGUGUUCCGCAAGAACUCAUGAGGAAACUUCACAAGGUCCUCAACUUGACAGAGUUGACCAUCGGCUACGGUAUGACUGAGACCAGCCCUGUGAGUUGCAUGACCAAGACCAACGAUCCGAUGCAAAAGCGGAUCGAGACUGUUGGCAAGCUCCAGCCGCACGUUGAAGCCAAGGUACUUGAUCCUUUCGACCACAGCAAAAUUCUCAAUGUCGGUGAGCGAGGCGAGCUUGCAGUCUCCGGCUACCUACUCAUGAAAGAAUACUGGGGUGACCCAAAGAAAACCGCUGAAGCAAUGAUCCCCGACCCCAACGAUCCAAACAAGCUUUGGAUGUUAACCGGUGAUGAAGCGAGCAUGGACGAGGAAGGCUACGUGUCCAUCACGGGUCGAAUCAAGGACAUCAUAAUCCGAGGCGGAGAAAACAUUCAUCCUUUGGAAAUCGAAAACUGUCUUUUGGCACACGAUUGCGUUUCUGACGUGAGUGUCGUUGGGCUUCCGGAUGAGAAGUAUGGUGAAGUUGUUGCUGCGUUUGUGAUUAAACAUCAUGGGAUGGGUAUUACUGCUCAGGAGGCGAGGGAGUGGGUGAGAGAGAAAUUGAGUGGACAUCUGGUGCCGAAGUAUGUGUUCUGGGUUGAGGAUUAUCCUAAGACGGCCAGUGGCAAGAUUCAGAAGUUUAAGUUGAGGGAGGAUGGUGUGCAGUUGUUGAAGGAAGGGAAGGGGCUUGAGUGAACAGCACUUCGAUGGCGAUGUGAGGGCUGUGGAUGUUUGCAGAUAUCUCGCAAUUGAGGCUCGUGACUGCUCG